AUGGCUGCCGCGGGGAUUUCUGGCCGACUAUUCGGCUCUGCAGUCCGAAGCGCACAGGAAAGACCAAGCCGCGGUGGCAAGGGCGUGCGAGCGGUCAUACCCACAAGACCUACGAGACCAGAGCCAGCGGUCGAUGCAACUGUCCGAGGCCGAGGAUCUCGCAUGUACGGAGGUUCGGUGGGAGGUCCCGCAAGCGGAGGCUCCUUCAGCCUGAGUGGCGGCAGUUUCUCUGCAGGUAGCAAUCCAAGAGCGUCUGCAUUCGCUCGAGCAUUUGACGUGGAGGAGCAGGCACCUGGUCCUAUUCGACAAGUUCGCGGUAGGCGUGAUGGUCCUUACGAGCUCUUGGUCGAGGCCGAUGCCGACUACAACGGCUUUCCAAGAUACUCGCAGUACGAUUGGGACGAGCCAGAUUGGGAACACGACCAGUUUGAGGGACCUCAGACAGUGGGCUCUGCGAUCUUCGUACGAAACCUUCCGCCUGGUGUGGAAGGGCACCAGUUGAAGCACCUCUUUGAAGAGGCUGGGCAGAUAGCCAACAUCCACGUGGAUCAAGGCCCGUUGCCUACUGCGACCAUUGGCUAUGUGCGACAGGGAGUCGCCUUCGAUGCCGCGGAGAUGUUCCACGGUCGAUGGCUUUUGGGACAAGAGCUGAAGGUGACCGUCAAAAGUGGCGACAUGAUGUCCACAUCAGCAAGAAAAGUCGAUGACGACUUCUGGCGCGAUGAGCUGCGCGAGAUGCGACAAAAGGGUCAGCUAAUGCGAAAUGAUCCAUGGUUAAUGAUGCAGUUCGCCGGACAGGAGGCAGGAUGGGCAGACUGGACACGAGCUGGAAAAGGAAAGGGGAAGAAGGGAUAUGCGAAAGGUGGUGGCUUCAUGGGCAAAGGCGACGGGCCAGCAGGCAUGCGGAGCGCGCUUGCCUGGGAUGAUUGA